UGAGCUUCAGCUGCUUCAGCUUCUUCAGCUGCUUCAGCCUUCUUGCAGAUUUCCCUCCACUCAGUAAAAGAUGGACGCCCAGAUGGACUUGUGGAGCCUGAAGAUGCCCGAGGGCCUGGACUUGGAGGUUUCCCAUCAUCCCCUCACAAUGAAGUGCGUGGCCAACCUGGUCAUCGCCAUGCAGAGGCUGAAGGGCCACGGGCCGGAGUCGGUCCUGAGCACCGGCUUCAGAGACGAGCACCUGCUCAGCAUCAUGCUGGAGAGCCUGGUGGAAGAGCAGGAGGUAUUCGAGAGGAGCUCGGCUCCGCCGCCGCACUUCAGCAGGACAGGGCGGCUCCACUGCAGCCUGACCGACGGCCAGAAGAGGAGCCUGGUUCUGGUCCAGAGCAGCAUGGAGCUGCACGCCAUGCUGCUGCAGGGAGGCAGCUCCAGCCGCAGAGUCCACCUCAACAUGUCCACCUACGUGCGGCCUGUGGCCGGCGCCGAGGCCAGGCCAGUGGCUCUCUGCAUCAAGGACACCAACCUCUACCUGUCGUGCCACAAAGACGGUGAGGAGCCCGCCCUGCACCUGGAGGUGGUGAAGGACAAAGCCAGCCUGCAGAGGAUCGGGGCCGAGAGCGAGCAGCUGCGCUUCCUGUUCUACCGGCGGGACAGCGGCGUGAACCUCAGCACGCUGGCGUCGGCCCGCUUCCCCGGCUGGUACAUCAGCACGGCGCCGCAGGACAACCGGCCGCUGCUCCUGAGCCAGGAGGGCUCCGACUGCGAGCUCACCUUCAUCAUGUGACGCCUCCGCUCCUGACGGGGUCGCCGGGGUCGCCGUCUGCGUAUUUAUGUAUUUAUUCCUCAG